UGUGUGGAUUUGUUUAGACAAGACCUGCUCUAAACUAAACCAGCUGCUGUAAAUGAUUAUUGUUCUGAUUGACAUUUACGAUCGGAGCUGCAGGAUGCUUUAAACAGCAGCAGCUUGGGCCGGAUCGGUCUGAGCACAUGCGUGCGCAUUAGGAUCCGCUAAACCCCCUAAGAACUGUUGCUUUUUUGAGAGAUGAUUUAGUGCUUGUUGGAGCCUGGCUCCGCGUUGGAGGUGCAGCCAAGCGAAGCCCGUUUCACGUCUGUAAUACAAAAUAGAGCAGUGAAACGCUUUGCAAGGCGCUCGACAGCGCGCGCGUGUGUAUUUCGGUGUCUUGGCGUGUGAUGUCAUACCUCUCCACGCUCAGGCUCCUGCAGUGGGUGGGAGCAGGGGAGCUAUCUGUGGACCUGACAAGUGACAGGGCCAGCUGGGGAAUGACGUGCAGCAAGAAGGGCAGCUGGUCACCCCCAGUCCGCUCUCAGUAGAGCUCAGCUCAGCCCGGAGCCGCCACGCUCGGACCCGCUUCGACCAUGACCCGCGGGCCUCGCUCAGGGACCCUGCAGAUCGACUAGCAGCCGCCACGGGCCGCUCCCCGGCGCUCUGACGAUGGGCGGGAAGCAGUCUCGCAGCUUCAACAAGGAGCUGAACCGCGUGGGCGCGGGCGAGCGCAGGGACGAGGCGCCCGGCCUGUCGUGGGCCGCCGAGAGGAUCCGCCGCCACGCCACCGUGCACUUGGGCUACAGCACGCUGAGCCUGGCCAUGCGGGGCCUGGACAAGACCCCGGCCGAGCUGUGGGAGCUGCGGGAGCUCCAGAAGCUGAACCUGUCCAUGAACUGCCUGUGCGCGCUGCCCCCCGCGCUGGGCGCCCUGGACAACCUGGUGGUGCUGAACCUGUGGGGCAACAACCUGUCCAGCCUGCCGCCCGAGAUCGGCCUGCUCAAGAAGCUGCGCGUGCUCUUCGCCUGCCGCAACCGCCUGAGCGCGGUGCCGGAGGAGCUGGGCUCCUGCGCCGGCCUGGAGGUGCUCAGCCUGGCCAACAACCAGAUCACGGGCCUCCCCGUGAGCUUGGCCGCCAUGCACAGCCUGACCAAACUCAACCUCAGCCACAACCUCAUCGUCCACAUCCCCACGUGCGUCUACAGCAUGAAGGGCCUGGUCUUCCUGCACCUGGCCUGCAACCGCCUGGAGACCAUCGCCGACCAGAUCCAGGACCUGGUCAACCUGAAGAUCCUCAUCGUGGAGGGGAACAGCAUCCACACGCUGCCCAAGACCCUGUGCUUCCUUGAGUCGCUGGAGCUGCUCAACGUCGACUUCAACGACCUGCAGAACGUGCCGGUGGAGAUGUACCAGCUGAGCAGGCUGGGGAGGCUGGCCUGCCACCCGCUGGAUAAGGGGCUUCACAUCGUGCACAACCCGCUACUCAAGCCCAUCCAGGAGGUGCUGCAGGGAGGACUCAGUGCUCUCUAUAACUACCUCAAACCCACGUGAGGCUGUGUGUGUGUGUGUGUGUGUGUGUGUGUGUGUGUGUGUGUGUGUGUGUGUGUGUGUGUGUGUGUGUGUGUCGGGCUCUGACUGGUCCAUUACCUCAACACGCAGGCUGAAAACUCAUUCAUUUGUUUGUACUUUUCUAUUUAUUUAUUUUUGUACCGUAAAAGUUGGGAUAUAAAUAAAGAAGGAGUAACGGCUCUGUCACGUCUAAGCGUUUGUAAAUCCUCGGUAAAGUCGCUCAGCUCACACAAAAAUUCACAGGUCCACAUUUAGGAGCUGUUUACUGGUCAGUUGAUCUUGUUUGGACGGCGACGGCGAGGCAGCGCGGGGGACGCGGGGCCACAAGCGCCGCUCGCUUUGUUCCGCUGGGGGUCAAGGGGAUCAGCAGUGGAAAGUCAGUGGAAAGAAGAGUGGAGGGGGGCUUAAAAGCAAACACCACAGGGGGUGAGACUGCGACUGCCUCAGAUCAGAGCAGAGCCCAGCACUCCCUCGCAGCUCGUCCUUUAUAACAAUUAUGGGAUGUGAUACGAUGCUUUUGUCUCAGGGCAACGGAGCACGUCGGUGUCACUGUGGAGAAAAUUAAAUCACUCAAUUCAAAAGUAUUUGACUUCAAGUUUGAUCAUGGUUUAUUUUAUAUUUGUUGUCAAUGCCAAUUCAAACAUGCAUUUGUAAUUGUGCUACUAAUAACAUACAUAAAUAAAAGAAAUUACUAAACUGUCAAUUAAUAUAGAUAUUAUGCAGCAAAGAUAGUUUAAACAAAUUUUUAAAUCAUUAUGAUAGAUGUUGUAAUUCAAACUAACUGUGAUUUGGAAUUUUUCUAUAAACUUCAACAAUUAUUAUAAUGGUUAUAAUAAACUGUCUCAUUGUCAGACAAUGAGAUCUGUGUGAUGAGAUAAAUGUACAUAAAUUACUUAUUUAAACGUUCUGUCAUCAAUUUGUUGCCCUGUGAAUAAAAUAGUUCCUGAAUAUUAAUGACGUGCAGCGU